AUGGCUUCAGAACAGGCCUACAGUCCUGCCCCACCGCCCUCUCCCCGACUACCUCCCCCGCCGUCUUCACCGCAUCCCACUCACCUCCAGGCGCCGCAGAUAUCUCCCAGGCGCUUCGCUGUGCAACCGCCACUGCUCAACACCACCCUUGCGCCACCGCCUCCCUCUGGUCCCGCCUAUCUGCAUGGCUCCACGCCCGUUACGGCCUCGUCGCUGAGCCUGCCCUUCUCGCCCUCACUCACGCCCUCGACGUAUGCGCCCUCUCCCGUCGCGGCUGCUUCACCCAUGGCUAUGCGAGGCUCUGCUCCAGCCGCGCCAUACAACCCCCAACAAUGGUCGCGGGGUGGGAGUGUCAAUGGACAGCAUGUCCAGCACAGCCAGAUAUCGGUGCCCUCGAGGCUGCAUGACGUGACGGGCAUGGAAGCCUCGAUGCCCUCCCCGCCACCUCCAUAUUCGCCUGGUCAGAACCCAAACAUCUCGCAGUCAUUGAGCACCAGCACCACUUCGUCGCCACAGCCCGCUGCCAAUAC